AUGGCAUCAACACUGCAGUCUCCAUCCCCCAAGCUGGACCGGUACAUUGUGAUCCACGUCUCCACCACUUGUGACGAGCAUGGUGUCUAUGUCACCAAGGAUUCAGCCGAAGUAAUUGAGCUGGGAUGGAUCCUGCUAGACACCAAAUCUUGCGAGGAGCUCCAUCGGGAGAGCGUCCUUGUUAAGCCCGUCAACACUCCAAUCACUCCACUCUGCACGAGCUUGACCACCCUGACCUGGGAACAUGUUCGCUCUGCAGGGACCUUUCGUGAUGCGGUGAACCGUUUCGAUGCCUUCGCCCAGGAGCAUCUCUUGUCCAAGAACCUCGAGUUCGCCUUCGUGACAUUGGAUUCGUGGGAUAUGCGUGUUCAGCUUCCUCGUGAGGCGCGAGACAAGGCCGUCGUUCUCCCCCCCUACCUCCAGCAUUCCCGCACUUUCGAUCUGCGGACUGAAUACCAGCGCUGGCAGCAACACCACCCAGAAUCCCUGCCAUUCGGGCCUAGCGAUCUCGCAAAUAUCUGUGCUGCCCUGGAAGUAGAGCCUGUGCAGUCCUCUGCGCCGAUCAAACACAAUCUUCCGUUCCACCUUCAAGCACUUGCUCCUGCGUCUCCACGUCGGGCAAUGGAAGAGGUUAUCACUUUGGCUCGUGUUCUUCGGGGCCUGAUCCGCAAGUCUCAGCCCGCACACGAACACCCCGAAAUUUUGACCCGUCCAAUGGACGCUAGAGCCGACGUCCGCGCGUUUUUGGCGGAGCGCAGCAAGGUUUUGCACAUGAGUGGGCUCCCUCAUGACACCACGCAGUCUGAGUUAGAAAGCUGGUUCACCCAGUUCGGUGGACGUCCCAUUGCAUUCUGGACUCUGCGGACCCCAGAUCAGCACAAGCCAACAGGUACUGGCUUUGCCGUUUUCUCAUCUCACGAGGAAGCUGCAGAAAGUCUUUGCAUGAAUGGUCGUGCAUUGAACGAGAGGGCGAUUGAGGUCUCUCCUUCAUCGAGCAGGGUUCUUGACCGCGCUGCCGAAAUCCUUACGCCUUUUCCGCCAAGCAAGAACCGCCCUCGACCGGGAGAUUGGACUUGUCCAUCAUGUGGAUUUUCUAACUUCCAGCGUCGCACGGCUUGCUUCCGCUGUUCCUAUCCGGCAAUUGGCCCCGGUCCUGACCCAAUGGGUUAUGCUUAUGGCUACGGGCCACCAAACAUGUUGCCUCCGCCUCACCACAUGGGUCAUCACGGCGGGCAUGGCAUGGGCCAUGGUAGAGGUAUGGGAGGUAAUGGUGGAGUCGUACCGUUCCGCGCUGGUGACUGGAAAUGCGGUGCCGAAGGCUGCGGCUACCACAACUUUGCCAAAAACAUCAACUGCCUACGAUGUGGUGGUCCACGCUCAGGCGCAGCGGUUGUGGCGGAUUCCGCUUUCCCUUCUCCAAUGGAUCCCUCAACCAGUUUUGGUAUGGGACCUGGCUCGAUCAGCAGUGCUCCUGGCGCAGCUCCAUUUCCAUCGACUGGUGCGGGUUUUGGCGGUUUUAGCCAACAGUUUGCGGCCCCACCCAGCACGUACGGAUUACCAGCAGGACUUGGAGCUGCACCUGGACCAUAUCCUCCCAUGGGGCAAAUGAACACUGGAUAUGGGUCUAGCGCUGCCUCUCACUCUGCUGCAUCUUUCGGCAACCCUGCAACACAGGCUGCAUUCACUGGAGCCGAUCACGUGCAGCAACCUGUUGGCACUUCAAACGGCAGUUUCUACAAUAACGAUUCGUCCGCUGACCCCUUCGCUUUCCUCUCCACCGGCCUAGGUGGAUUGACAGUUGCAGAUGAACCUCAUGGCCGCAGAAACGGCUGA